GUAACCUGAAUUUGAUCACAAGGAUUCUCUUCUUCUUUUCCCUUAGGAUCUUCAAAAUCAGGUUACUGAAUACCAGAGCAAUGCAAUGCUGAUCAUGAUCUCUUAUUCACCAGCCUACAAGGCGCUAACGUCGAUCAUCCGACUAGCACUAUUAAGCCUCUCGUACUACUGUCGAUGUUUUUCAAAAGAAGUGCCUCGAGGACCCCCGCCUCUUCCCCACCAGUUCCAUCUGUUGUCAUUGGCUAAAACCGUUAUCAACUCUUGUCCUUUUAGCAGAUAGGAGUAUACUUGAUGACUAAUAUUACCCUUUUCUCUUUUCUAUCUUCCUCUGGUCUUUCUUUUUUCUAGACGUCGCGAACACACCGUCACCGCCGAAACAGCAUAGUUGCAAUUUCUAUUUCAUCGACUUUCAGCUUUCUUCGAUGCAUGAGCAUGGCCCAUUUUCGUUCUUAUACAAGUAGCAAAAUGACGCGCACAAAAGCACAUAUGAAGACGCAUGGCGCGCCUCAUGCGCGGACGCGGAGCCUGCUCGACAGCUCCUCCCUCUGCUCGACGUGCCUUCGCAUACUGGGCUCUUACACCCUACUACUGCUACUAUCAUCCUGUAGUUGUAUCAGACCAGCACUGGCGGAUUUGCCAGUCCACUGCCUUCUGGAGGACAUGAAAGGUCAUUGGAUCUUUCAUUUUACGCCACCACAACCUGCAGACUCUGUCAAAAUGGGUCAUGAAUUCUGUCUUUAUGGUCCUCAACUUCUUUCCAUCAACUCUCAGAAUAAUGUUGGUUCUUGGUAUCGGUAUCCUUUUGUUCCCAUAGAGAUAGAAGAAUACAAGGGAAAAGGUACCAAGAUCACACGGGGGAAUCGAGGAGAUGGAUUCGAGCACACUCUAAUGUCUCCAUCAAACACCUAAUACGAAUCAGGAGAAUCUAAAACUCUUGAAAAAAGGUAGAGAUCAUUGGAAGAGCCAACUUCAUUCGUCAAGUAGCAUGGAGGUUUUGUUGACGGACGAAGAGACGGCAGAGGUGGAGCAUAGAAGUGUAGAUGGUAGUGGUACUAGCUUCUCAUCCGGUAGCUCGAGCUCCUCCUCUAGUAGCUUAUCUAGUACUGGCGCGGGUUCUACUUCUUCAUUUCUGACACACAAAUUGUUGGUCAAAACAGUGGGACGAGCAGCUUCGUCGACUUCGAGUGCACAAUUCACUUCGGCGACGUUGGUAGUCAAUUAUAACAUUAUAUAUUUAGGAGGGCUCUGACAUACCCCUGGAGAAGUGGGUACUAGAUUCAUUCACGACUCACUCAGAAUCCAUUCUACUCUUCCGUAAACCGCGUCGCGGUGAUCGUCACAAGGUUUGAAAGCCAAAAUAUCGUCCAGGUCCAUUCCGCAACAGCAGAGCGUGCGAAGCAGUCCUCCGACAUCAUCGGUAGUUGGACCCCUAUUUACGAUGAGGGGAUGGAAGUGCGCUUGGCAAGUACAACUGGUGCCUCUGGUAGCGACGGAGGCGAAAGGUCUUUAUUCGCCUUCAGUGGCUAUGAGUGCGCAGACCCUGGAGCACAAGCGCUUUCUACCUUCGAACACAUCGCGAGUAUGCUGAGGCCGUAUCUUUUUGGUGGUGAUAACCAUGGGAAUACUUCUGCUUCUAGAAUAGCUUCCUCAGCAGCUUCGUUAGCACAGAUGAUGGAUAUGGCUCAGAACUACAAUUCUUUGGUCCCUGCAUUGUUAAUCGAGCUGCGGAAAUCGCUCGGGAUGGAGGGUCGUGGUCGUGGUGGAACCAACUCGACCCGUCAUCUUCAUCACGCAGGAAGUGCUGCAUCGUGGUCUUCUACUUCGUCUGCGUCAUCGAGUACGAUGCUCCAACAAUCACAAUCGACGCAUCAAGCUCCCGACUCCCAUCAAGAAGAACUGCUCAGCAAUGAUCAUGUAGUUGCAAACAACGGCAAUCUUCAAGGAGGACAUCAGCACCAGAUCCGUCAAAUCGCUUCCCAUCUUUCUUCCUUGGUGCAGAGGACUCAAAGCAACUGUCAACUCGCGUCUGCAAAUAUCCAACCAGACGCCUCACUUCCAGCUGGGUACGCGUCUAAAUGCGGCAUUACCAACCUGGGAUGGUAUCACGUGAAGAAACCUGCUCAGCAACUAGAACAGCCUCCAGAGUACGAAUACGGUUGCUGGUGGGCAGAGAAGAAGGAUGAGGAGCAGCGCGCGGCCGUGUCAAGUCUCGUGAUGCUAGGACCGACUGAGCGCAAACGAGAUGUCCUCAAAGCUGGAAGGCAAGAAAGAAGGAAGCGACAUGAAAUGAUGUUGAAGGCACAUCAAGCACAACUACUAGUUCCACUUGCAUCAUCUACUUCCAAGGACUUCACGUCCAAGGAGAGCUCAACACUGUCGAAGAAGAUAAAACCCUUGUCGUUUCUCUCCCUGUCCUCGCGCAUCUAUAGAAAACAACAUCUUAUUGGGGAACUGCUUUCAUCAUCUGCAUCUUCCAGUGGACACUACAACCAUCUUCGCCAACAAGAACAACACCAUCUUCCUCCUGCUCUCACCUUACCACACGUGCUGAGUGCCGCAGUCAAGCAAGGACUGCUUGCUGUGGCUAAGUCUAGGCUUGAUCAAAGGAGCACUCUUGAGCACCGCGGCCACCGUGAGCGUCAAGAACACAAGAACAUCGUCACUGACGCCGUCACUGCGUACGGCGACGUGUACGAUGCAGCUAAGGACUACGUUGCUCAGCAGGUCAGGCAGGCCUACAACUACACCAGAGACUUGGCUGGAAAUUUGACGGACACCAUAAUCGACUUAAGGCUAGGUACUAGCUCUUGUACGUAGAGGUAUUUAUUAGUUUUACAAGAAGAACUAGGUUGGUGAAGGUGAGCGCUCGUCGUGUCUCAGUUAGUUUUACCUUCCUUAUAAUCUCAAUGCGGGGAUGAAAGCAGGGCACUAGAAGUAUCGGGGUAAGCGAAAGCGAACACAACACCAAAACCCUAUCCCCGCUAAUAAAUGAGGCUAAAGAACAGAACUUGACCAGCAGCAACUCUACCACAGUAGAGGAGGUCCUGUCCGACAUGGUCUUUGGUGGAAAUAACAGCUUGAUCGCUCUCCACGAAAAGAGUAAGGCCACUAAGAACAUCGUGCCCAACGAAAAUCUCGACAGCGCACUAGAUGCAUGCAACCUCGACCGACGGAGUGAGAAUUCGCUUCUAGAGCAUGAACUGCCUCAAUCUUUCGAUUGGCGUCAGUACAAAAACGGAGCGUGGGAUUACGAACCGAUCGAUCAAGGCCAGUGUGGGUCGUGCUAUGUGAUCGCAUCGACGUAUGCUUUUCAAGCCAGGAUUAACAUCAUGCUGCUGAAAGGAGGCUUUGAAUUACAAGGUGCUGGAUCUGGUAGGGCAAGUCUCAGUGUGAGUGCUGCAUCUAGUACCUCUUCGAGUUCAUCUUCAUCUGUGCUGCAUGUUGUCAAUGCCUCUAGUACACCGCUUCCAGCCACUCGUGCAGGUGGAAAUGAAGAGAGAGCACCAGCCAAAAUUGCACCAUCUGCCACUACUUCAUCUACAUCGUUAAUCAGACGAGAAGAGCGUGGCCGUGAUGCUUCUGCUACGUCAACGUCAAAGGAGCGUGAACAUGGGAUGGCGACUUCAUCUGCAGCUACCACGUCCUCUGGUACCACUUCCGUCGAAGAACAUAAGAAAGCCAACAAGGUUUCAGUGCCCUACGGAAUUCCCUUGCAUUGCUCGUACUACAAUCAGGCUUGUGACGGCGGUUACCCCGAAUUGAUUGGUCGGCAUUUGGUCGAGUUUGGUGCGCCCACGUCAGGAAAUGUAGCGCAUGGAGGACAAGCGUGCGAGACGUUCUACAUUAUGAGAAUGAUGAAAGAUUUGCGUGAAGAUUUUUCAAUUUCUAGUUCUAGGUUUAGUAAUCAAAAAUUAUGAUCAUGUUUCAGCAGCUUCAUUUUCCCGUACUAUUCUCGAAAAGUACCGAAGGGUUCGAAAACGAAAUCGUUGCGGGACUAGUACAGUAGAAGCGACGGGGAGGUGAAAGUAAUAUUUUUUUCAUGCACGGGCACAUCCAUAAUAUUGCUUCAACAUGCUUUUCUUGAUUCUUUAUAAGUAGCUUCUAAUCCCCACUCCGGUACGAAAAAGAGUCGGUUCUUUGCUUCCGAUUAUGGCUACGUUGGUGGCUUCUACGGCAAGUGCAGUGAGGCACGUUUGAUGCGAGAAAUCAUGCUGCAUGGUCCAGUGCCUGUCGCGAUUGAUGCGUCCUCAGAGAAUUUCGAGAAGUUUGUCGGAACCACACCAACUACCGGACAUUACGUCGCUGAUGCUGACAUUAAGGGCGGUUUCUUCCCAGACUAAAGAUUCCUUGCGCACUCGUCCCACUGGAGUAAAUUCCAUUCCCCAGAAGAAGUACUAAACCAUGAUCCUUGGCUCCUUUCCUAGUUCUGUAGAAAAGAAGCCACCAGCACGACCAGGGAUGUUCAUCUGAGCGAGGAAUGUAAUAGUAUUAAUUGGAAUUGCGUUGUAGCCGCGGCCUCUAAUGACAGAAGCUUCGUGGAAGUCAAAUUUUCCACCACCUCGGAGGAUACCUUGAAGAAAAUUCGAGAGGUAGCAGCUGCAGCGAAGCAAGGAGAUGUGCAUCUGUUAGGUGUUGGGGGAGAACAACAACAACAACGUGAACAUGUAGAAGUUGGAGAUGCUGGAGAGGAGGACAGAAAUACUGGUGUAGCCUCUUCAUUCUUGGAUACGUCUUCUGCUGGAACUUCUGCAUCAACAUCCUCAACAGCAUCUGCAUCAUCAACAUCCUCAGCAGCAGUAGCAAGAAGUACGAACAAGCAAGUUUCAACACUCAGAAUCUCUGGUCGCUUGCUUGUCGACGCAAACCUACCACAUCAAAACGAAGCGUUCUCUAGUACUACUCUGCUGAAAACUCUAGCGAAAUCCAUAGGUUCAACUUCAUCUUCAUCAGAUACUACGGGUUCGGGUUCUUCAAAUGUUGCGAAAGCAGAAACCUCAAACAUCUGGUCAUCUGCCUUUGAUAGUUUUGGGCUUGGAAAUGUAGUACGAAUGCGGUCUUCUGCUGGCAGUCAUGGAGAUGGACCUCCCGAAAGUGGUGACAACACAAAACAAGGACUACAACUGCCUGAAGAAGACGCAACUAGAACUUCUUCCAGAACGACUAGUCACGAAGCCCUCGAGCGCUUUCUCCUGGACCCUAAUACAGCCAAGAACAUCCACAUUGAGAAUGUCGUAGAGAAAGGCAUCAACGGUUGGGAGUAUGUAGAUCAUGCGGUGGUUGCGAUUGGGUGGGGAGAAACGACUGAGGAUCCUGAGAGUACUGCUAGGCACGCUCAUAGCUCCUCAACCUCGUCAACUUCGUCGUUGAUCGAGAAGAACGAGGUGGACACGAUGAAGCAGCAGUUGUCUAUGUCUGCCUCCACUACCUCUACUGCAUCUGCUAGUAGUAUGCACAGCAGUAGAAGAGUUCCAACAGGAGAACAAGAAGACUCUAGGUCUUCUGGCGCUACCGAGGCGAGCGACAAGAAGAAAGCGUCAACUUCCUCCACGACUGCACCGCGAAAAUACUGGAUUUUGAGGAAUAGCUGGGGUACUAGUUGGGGCAAAAACGGAUAUGCCUAUGUCCCGCGGGGCACUAACGACAUGGGCGUGGAACUUCAAGCGAUUUUCAUCGACCCGGACUUCACUCGAGGACGCGGAAAAGCAAUGUUGGAGGAACAGGGUCUGAGUGUCCAGGAAUUUUUAGAGAAAGUAGGAAAGUCGAAUGCUCUCCUCGGGGUAUGAAGAAUGUGAGGCAGAGAAAAUAGGAAAGGCGAAUGCUCUCCUCGGGGUAUGAAGAAUGUGAUGUUCAUAGUGUUAGUGUUGACUAGUAGCUGAAAUUAAAACAUGUUUAUCCGUGUCAUGAUCCUGAUGCAUAGAAAAAGUUUUUAAAGUUGUUGAGCACUUUUUUUUCUGGUUCGACGACCUCGAACAGAAACUAUGAAUAGAAACAUGAAUUUGCCGCACGUGAAACCCUCCACCUUAUUGUUUUGAACUUGUUUUGGAUGAUUUGAUGUGCAUAGAAAUUAGCCAGAACAAUAAGUUACAACAGUCGAAUUAUUUUUUGAGGUUCUUGUAAAGGUCUGAACAAACGUCGGAGUAGUCUGAAGGGAGGGUAGUUAAAGUUAUUUUUCGUGUCUUCAUCUUCACAAAAAGAAUGCAAGUCCCAGUAUUUCGUUUAUCUUUGUGUCAUCCUAUUCUUAUGCAAGUUAGUACUAACGAAAUUAUGGAGGUAGACAAAGACUAUCUUCAAAGAAGCAACCAGCAAGAUGUCGUGCUAAAAGUCAUAAUCAAGUCAUAAUCUAAAUCAUCAAAUGUUGGCUGCACAUAUUCGGCCGAGGACACAGGUCAAACUGUGGACGGCGAAUCGCCUCCUAUCCUAUCCUCUCAGUGAUUGAGAUUGUGACUCAAAUUCAUAAGUAAGUAGAUAGAAGAGCAUAGUCACAUGGAGGACGUGCUCCUGGAUAUUGACACGUUGCCUUUUAUGCGAACUCUUGUGUAGGUUUUCUGAUCUAGGUUCCAUCUUUCUUGCUAGGCUCUUCAGCAGCCGUCGAAGUCUGCCACAUUGGAUGGUAGAUCCCAACCUCACCUAGCCUAAACUCUUUCCAACAUUGCACAGAAGAUCCUGAUGAAACCAGAACAACCACAAUACAAAGUACUGCUGGUGUCGCGUAGGAUCCACGGAAGGAUCAUUUUUCGAGAAGGCAACGUUUGUUGCACUGAGGGAGAAGAUCUGCCGUUUGUCGCCACAUUCGAGACGACAGAAAGAUCAUUUUUGUUGCUG